CCCGCGGUCCCGCUCGCCCCCGCGCGUCCCCCCGGCGCGAAGAUGUCCUGAGCUGAGCUCGGACUUAAGAUGUCACGGCGCCAGCCCGCAGCGGGGACCCGGGCCAAGGAGCCCAAGGGGUGUCCCAACGGGGCCGCCCCCCGCCGCUGCACUCCGCUGCUGUCCCGGCUGUUCACGCCCGACCUCCGUACCGGGCGAGAAUCAGCCGGCGCGUGGUGGCAGGACUGCGAGCGCCUGCCCUACCUGUCCCCCGGGAUCCCGUACGGGCCGCGGGGCCGCGGGAACCUGCGCGCGCUGCUGCUGCCGCCGCUGCUGCCGUCUGGCACGGCCCAGGGGCCGGGGGCCCGGGGAGUCGGGGGCCGGGGAGCGGGGGCUCGGGGGACACCGCAGCCCGCGGCCCGCGACAACCCUGACACCUUCAGCGUGCUGCUGGGAAAGUUUCUGCCCACCAAGUUCCGCCACUUCCUGCACCAGCUGCGCACGAAGUGUGCGGAGCCGGAGGCGCACCCACCCUCAGCGCCACAGUACCCCAAGGGUGCAUCAGAGCACUACCUAGAUUCGUGUCCCAGCUGCUCGUUCCUCCCAGACCUGUGGGACCAAUCAUUGCACUCUGAGGACAAUUUUAGAGAGAAGCCUAUCCUGGGGCCCCCAAGAGGUGAAUUCAUCACAGCCAGAAAGGCCAACCCACUCCACAGCACACAGGUCCCCAAAGUGAAGACUCUACUCAUUCACAGCCCCUCUGGAGAAGGCUCCAGGCCUCGCAGACGCUAUUGUCCUUUCCGGGUGCGGUUUGCUGACGAGACCCUGCAGGACACGGCACUCCGCUAUUGGGAGCGCAACCGUGCAGUCCGGCAGAAUAUCUUUCCAUGUGAGCAGACGGCUUUGCCGGCUGUGUCGGUGUCAGAGCGGGUGCUUGGAAGUGUUGGGAGAUGGCUGGAGAGUCUGCCCAGAGCCCUGUGUCCCAGGGCCCAAGACACUGUGGCCGGCUCCUCAUGCUGGAACUGCCCCCAAGUGUCAGCUCAGGAACCACAGCUCUACCUUUCUGAAGAUGCAACCAUGAGCAGCCGCCUACCCUUCAUCUCCAGGGCCACCACCUUGCCAAGGCCACGGGGAGGCCUCAGAACCUUCCUGGACACCCCUAACACUAUGGAGCAGGCUGCGAUCCAGAACGAGGGCUCCCAGUUUCCCCGGAGUGCUGCGGGCCGCGGGUGCCCUCUCUGCCUCGGUUUCCCCGGCCGCCUGCAGCGCCGCGUCGCGCCGCGCGGGGGCAGUAUUGGCCUGGCUUUAGGCCGCAAAACUUCAUCUCUCGCCCAGCAUCGGAAAGUUUCCUUAGCGCGGCGCCCACUGUGGAUUCCUGAAUCCCGGGUUCCCCGCGCCUGACCGUGGGGAGCCUGGCUUCCAACCUGAGACCCGGGACGUGGCCACCAUGGAGAAUCUGAGAACUUAUGGAACAGACCCACGCAGGGAGAGGGACUUGGACGCUGAAGCAGAAAAUGCAGAGGCAUGAGGCACACAACACACACACACACCACUACAUACCACCUACACUACAGAGACCCCACACACAGGAUGCCUCGGGGACAGAAGCAGGACACGGGGAGGCACACAUACACCAGAGACCCCACACACAAAGAACAGCACAUACAUACCACCCGGAGACCCCACACGCAGGGAGAACACCACAGACACACACACCACAGCAAUGGAGACCCCACACACAGAGAACAUACCACACAUUCACAACAGAUGCAGCCAAGGUAUACAACACACAGUAAACACACUAUAUGCACACCAUAUAUAGACCCCAUGCAUGGAGAAGCACACCACACAAGACUACACAUACCACAUAGCUACUCCACAUAUAUGGGGACACACCACAGAUACACAUGGACAUGGAAAGGCACACAACACAUCAUAUAC